CGUGCUCGCGACUACCUCGAGAAAACCCAUGGAUGUGAAGUUGUUGAAGGUAUCAUAAGCCCGGCAGCUGAUGACUACGGACAAACGGAUUUAAUACCAGCAAAACACAGAUUGAAAAUGGUUCAGCUGGCAGUCAAAUCGUCACUCUGGAUCAGAGCAGAUGGCUGGGCUUGUUCACAGGAUAGAUGGACGAAAACCAUUCAUGUGCUGCACCAUUUCAAGGAGGAGCUGGAUCAGAAAUACGGAAUGGGCGCCAAAAGCGUGCGGUUGCUUCUUCUGUGUGGCGGCGACGUCAUUGACAACAUCAUCAAGUCUGCUGUGUCUGAAGUCAUUCUGUGGGACCAAGAACAAGUUGGUUGCUCGCUGUUUGCUUCUUCACCAUGCCGGUAACG